GGCGAAUAACGUGGUGGGGGUUUGGUCCGGGCGCGUCUUGCCAUGGAACCAGAAGAAGUGCCAGCCGAAGGAGACAGCAUUGACGAGUGGCAGGUCAUCGAUCAGAUCCUCGGGUACCUCUCCCAGUACGACGGCGUCGGGGGCGCCGAAGAGGUGACGCCUUUGAUCGACGCGCUUCGCCGGGCCAUUGCCAUUGUUCAAGGCCGGCCACACAUGGUGCAGCUCGCAGAGGAGGAGAGGAAGCAAGCCGCGGCACAGGCGCACCAGGUUCUUCAGGAAUGGCGGUGCCGUUCGCAGGAGCUGGAAAAAGCGCGGGCCGAGAACAAGGCUUUGAAGUCGGAGAUGCUUCGGGGCCGUCAGGCUUUGGAUGCGGCUUUGCUCCGGCAGGCUGAGCUGAUGGAGCGUAUGGUUGCAGCCCGGGAGAUGAUCGAGGUGGAGAGGAGCGCGCUGGGCAAAGGCUUCGCGCAUUGACUGAGCCAUCUACCGAUGCCGUCGACCAGUGGCAGCAUAUGGCAGCAUGUGAUGUAGCGCCCUCCUCCCUGGGCAAACUUGAGCGAUACUAGACA